UUAUAACCGAGGGUUUUGUAUGGUUGGAGAUGCUCUAACUCCCCCCCUUCUAAAUCCCCUUCCCAAAACCCUACCUAAAACGCAUAACCUUUCCAUCAAUCACCGCCGAUCUACCAUCUCCGACCAAUCCUCGCCGGAAUUCCAACUUCAGUUGUUAGACAGAGGAAUUAAGGAGAAGUCAGAGGCAGCAAUGUCUGCGAUAGUUAGAGCUCGGUUAAUCUCGUCGAUGUUAAAGAGAAAUUGUAAUCGAUGCUUUUCCGCAACUGUCAAUGCUCCCAAAGAACAGAUUGUUUCAUCGUCAUCGACGGUUUUGAAUGAACAAGUAGCUGAUCAAGUACCACCCCCACAAUCACCUCCUAAGAAAGCCGGAUUUGCAACGAGGCUUCUUAAGUACGGUCUAAUUGCUUCGGUUACGGGAGCUCUGGCUACAGCUGGCUAUGCAACAUAUGCAUAUACUGUUGAUGAAAUUGAUGAGAAGACCAAAUCCUUUCGCGCUUCUGCAAACGUUGCUCGUCAAGAUGAUGGAUCAAUACUUAGUAAAUUUCAAGCAAUUAUUCAGUCAGCUGCAGUCACAGUACCUGCCAAUUUACUCGAGCUUUACAUAGACGGAAGGAGGUCAAUUGAAGAACAAGUUCGGGGGUUUACUGAACCAUCUUCUGAAAAGCUUCUUCCAGAUUUGCAUCCCAUGGAGCAGAAUGCAUUUACCCUAGUACUGGAUCUGAACGAGACAUUAAUAUACUCUGACUGGAAGCGUGACAGAGGUUGGCGAACAUUUAAAAGACCUGGAGUUGAUGCCUUUCUGGAACAUUUAGCUAAAUUUUAUGAAAUAGUAGUAUACUCCGACCAGCUAAAUAUGUACGUUGAUCCAUCUGUUGAGAGGUUGGACCCAAACCACUACAUAAGAUUUAAGCUGUCGAGGUCAGCUACUAAAUAUCAAAACCAGAAGCAUUAUAGAGACCUCUCAAUGCUAAAUAGGGAUCCAUCGCGGAUCCUCUAUUUGAGUGGUAAUGCACUUGAGACUAGCCUUCAGCCAGAAAAUUGUGUACCUAUAAAGCCAUGGAAGGGUGAAACAGAUGAUACAGCACUCCUGGAUAUCAUUCCAUUCCUUGAAUAUGUUGCUACACACAGACCAGCUGAUAUUCGCCCAGUUCUAGCUUCAUAUAAAGGUCAUGAUAUAGCUAAAGAGUUCAUUGAGCGUUCGAAGGAGGUUCAGAAAAAAAUGCAGGAGCAAAAGCAACAGGGACGGCUUUGGCGGCGGUAAAACCAAUCGAUAUAAAAUGGUUUACUUUUGAGGUGUCAAAAACAAAAGAUGAAGAAUCAUUCAAGUUUUUUCUUUUGGAGGGCAGAAUUUUGAUCAACAAUGCAGGUUACGAAACAUUAGGAAAUUAUAAAUCAGUAAUCUUACUUUUCUAGGCUAUUUGUGUUCCUGGUAACACUUAUAUAGUUAUAUGUUUGUGAUUGAAUCUUUAAUAGUUCUAGCCGGGCAUAAAUGCAUGUGUUGAAUUUUAUACUCAA